UAGCUAACCUGAAACUUUGACGUGCUAGUUCAAAUGAGAACGUCACGUUCUCACCGAUAACUGAAAAUGUCUGACAUCGUGUCACUGAAGGAAUCAGUUCUCGUGUAUUUAGACAGAAGCGGUGGCCUCCAGAAACUGGUGGAAGACUGCAAACCGUUUCAUGACCCCCAGCGGAUUGAAGCCGUGUACAGGUUUUCAAUCAAUGUCAACCCUUCCGACGUGAUAGAGUUGGACGCUGAACUGGGGGACUGCGUUCUGCACGACCCCCUAAGAGCAACCGCUCUGUUUCAGUCUGUUUGCUUCCUGGCUAUAAAAACACUUUCCCUGGUUGAGAGAAUUCACACAGAGAGUCAGGUGAAUGUAAAUCUGAAGUUGACACAUUUGCCCCCGUUCCCUGAGUACACGCUAGAUCUUUGUAGUUACCCUUGCGUGUAUAAACCCAUGAGACCUGUCUUCGUACAAGGCCUGGUCAUUGCAAUGACAAGGAUCACCAAAUACACCCAAGGCGCCAGGUUCCUCUGCGUUAAUGAGGACUGCCCCUGUUCUACAGUUUCCCUGAUGUUGGCUGUAGGGUUCCACCACAUCCGAGUUCAUGCACCUGGAGCCACAGAGUCGGCCACUGUGAGAAGCGACUUCAGCUGCAUGAUGUGCAGCUCCCAGCUCAAAGAGGAUAUGAAGUUUAGAGUUUUGGGAGACAAACAACUUGUGGAGCUAAUUGACGUGAAAGCACUGGAUGUUUUAACUUCCCACCAGCAAAGCUCGCUCAGAUAUCAGUCUGUCACCCUGUUUCUUAGAGACGAGCUGUGUAACUCAAUGAGAAUCGGCCAACUCUACAGAGUGUUGGGCAUUUCUGCUCACGUGCACCAGUGGCCUAACAUUACCUGUAGUGUAGAGGCAAACAGCAUCCAACUGUGGGAGCCACAGUAUCCCCAUAAGGUCAGUGCCAGGUUCCUGGAGUUGUUGAAGGCCACGGCCUGUUCUCCCUGGAGGUUCCCUGCCAUCGUAGCUCACUAUUUUGGGGUGGCCAUAGCUCCUCCAGGAUUGUACAACACCCUAAAGCUGACAAUGCUGCUCAGCUUGGUGCAGACUAAAGCAGGUGCACAAGACGCACUUCAGAGCUUGGAUAUUCUAGCUGUCACUACUGAUAGUUUAAUUGUAGAAAGGCUAAUGGCGUACAGCUUGCAUUUGGCGUGUCGUGGGGUCAGGCAUCGGCCCUCAUGGGAAAUGUUUGCAUCUCUCUCCCGGGAUGAACAUGGAGCAGGCACCGCUAACAUUCAUGCGGGAUCUACGCUGCUUGCCACAGGGGGGAUCUGCAUGUUGGGCGAUCUUGGCUGUUACAAAAAGGAUAAGCUGGAUGCUAUUCUAUCAGUUUUGGAGAGCCGUGCAGUGUCCGUGUUCAUCCCAGGCAAGAAAUAUGGCGAGGAUGUUGACCAGCAGUUUUACAUCCCGGUGCAGUGCAGUUUCUGGGCCUUCACAAACUCAGGUCAACGGUCUGGGAGGGUAGACUGUGCCGUACUGGGAACAGCAGACAUGGGACCUUUACCAGUUCAGCUAUCAGAUUCCUUUGGCCUGCUCAUACAGUGCAGGGAUACAAUGGGAGACCAAGCCCUGCUUGCCCAGACCAUCCACACCCUUCGCCAGGCAGUACAGACUGAUGAGCCCCUAUACACACCCUGCUGGACCUUUUCUACUGAUGAAUAUGUGGAGCUGGUAGCCCAUGCAAGACAUUUGCAAGUAGAAUUUUGUCCUGGAGCAGAGAAAAUUAUCCAUGGUUACUACAUGGCCAGUCGUAGAGUCCGAGCACAGACUGAGGGUGUCAAGAUGUCUCUGGCUUCCAUCAAACUAUUAAUGUCUUUGGCUGAGGCUCACUGCAAGCUGUGUCUUAGAACACAAGUACUAGAGGAAGAUGCUGUAAUUGCUGUGCUUCUUUGUGAAAACUCUGUCAUCCUCAAGCAUGGGACUUCUGCACUGAUUAUUCCACCUGACUCUGUGUUUCCCUGUGACCUGGGAGAUGCCGAUGCCUUACGCCGAAGAGAUAUGAUCCUAGAUGAGCUCCACCAAAACAUUCUGCGAUUCAUUUUCACCUAUGCACCAGGGGCAGACACGUAUAUCACAGAGGAGUAAAACUGCCACCAUUUCAAAAACAGAGUUCGAGUCAAAUGGGCAAUAUAGGUGGUGGCAAGUAUCAGCACGUCGAGUUUGGACAGCUUGGUGUCCGGUGGCACUGACGGCAAAGUCCUCUGGAGCUCCAGGAAGGCGUUCCUCAGAGUUUGCACCCGGCUUCGCUCCCGCGCUGCAUUAGCUGCCGCCGGACGUCCUCUACCGCCGAGGCCGCCGCUCUGAAGCACCCUGGCCCGCUGAAGCUCCCGGCGACGGCCGUCCGGACUGGGGCUGGAGCUCGGACUGGAUGCAGGGCUGUCGUCCAUCACCGCCCCGGAGCAAUUACUGCUGUCCAUUCGGAGUGUCUGUCUUCCAACCAUCGGUGACACUUACAGACCUGAGGAGUUAUAUUAAAAAGGAACACGUCACUUUAAAUAGGUUAACCGGGCCAUUGAACUUGUGCUCACCGUAUUUGAACAUCUGUACAUAUUAACAUACUCUCUGUAGCCUUAUAAUAUUACUAUACAAUAAAAUAAUAAUUGCCUCGA